AUGGAGAUGACCAGCCCACCCAGUGAUGCAGUGUCCACUGCAUGGAACAGAAGUGACAAGAACCUCCCCCCACAUUUUGACUUAGAAAACAUGAUCCUGGAGAUACUAACAGUCAUCUUUGCCCUCAUAGGGAUGUCUGGGAAUAUAGUUGUGUUCUGUAUCCUAAGCUUCUGUGUCAACAGGAACACAAUCUCAGUCUACAUUCUCAACCUGGCCAUAUCGGACUUCCUUUUACUCAGCUGCCUCUUUAUACUCCACGUGUGGACAUUCAUUGGAAACUUUUACUACUGGGAAUAUAGAGCCCUCCUUAAUGUGGGGUUAUGUUUCUACAGCAUGGGCCUGUUCAUGCUCAGUGCCAUUAGCUUUGAGCGUUGCCUUGCAGUCCUGUUCCCUAUCUGGUACCACUGCCACCGCCCAACAUACAUGUCCACUGUUAUAUGUACCCUGUUCUGGGCUCUGUCCCUACUGUUUGCCAUUCUAACAUACAGUUGUCCCUUUAUACCUGGAAAUUAUCGUCUGUGUAUAGCAAUGAACUAUACCAUAGGCUCCAGCCUAAUCUUUGAUUUUGUGAUUCUCUGUGGGUCCAGACUGACCUUGCUGGUCAGGAUGCUCUGUAAAGCCAGGAGGUUGCAACUGACCAGGCUGUAUGUGACUAUCGGGCUCACAGUGCUGGUCUUCCUCUUCUGCGGCCUGCCUGUAGGCAUCUUGGGGGUUUUAAGCCCUAUAAUUGAUUUUGAAAUUGUGUUUUCAUCUUUUGGUGUCCUACAGCAGACUUCUUACUUUCUGUCUAGUAUCAACAGCAGUGCCAACCCAAUCAUUUACUUCUUUGUUGGUUCCUUUAGGCAGAAACAGCAACAGCAGCGGCAACCAUGGUCCCUGAAGUUCAUUUUCCAGAAGGCCUUGGAAGAUGUAGGUGAGAGGGAGAAAAGUGGAGACAGUCUUCCACAAGAAAAUGUGGAAGUGGUAGGGUCUCCUUAA